AUGAUUUUUCUACUUGGUCCGCGAAUACGUCUUCCCACAGGCUUCACCUCCCCUUCUUUCUUAAUCUUUGUUUCUUCAUUCUCUUUAUUUCUCUUUUUGUUUUUUUUCUUCAUUCUCAUCUUUCUUUAUAUUUUUCCUUUCAUUAAUUCUUUAUUUCAUAUCAUUUUUCUUUAUUCUUUCAUUUAUUUAUUCAUUCAAUCUCUUCAUUCUCUCUUUCUCUUCAUUUCUUUCUGUCUCUUCAUUCCUUCUCGCAUUUCUUUCAUUUUUUUCAUUCUUUCUUUUAUUCAUUCAUUUUUCUUUUUUCUCUUCAUUUUUCCCCUUCGUUCUUUCUUUCUUUCCCUUCAUUCAUCCAUUCGUUUCAUUUUUUUCAUUCUUUCUUUCUUUUCAGUCUUUCUUUUUUCUCUUCAGUCUUCUUUUCAUUAUUUUUUCUCAUUUUUCUUUCUUUCCUUUCUUUCUUUCUUUCUUUGUUUUUCUUCACUUUGUAUCUUCAUUCAUUCUUUUCAUUAUUUCUCUUUAUUCUCUACAUUCAUUCUUUCUCUUCAUUCUUUCUUUUAUUCUCUUAGAAAUGUGAACAGCGCGUUCUUUUUGUAA